AUGAUAGACCACGUCUUAGGACGGCCUUCAGUCAAGUCUCGACGACUCCAGGUCCUCGCAGUCUUGACUUUUUGGUCUGCCUAUUUAGUAAAAGGCCACAAACAUGGCCCUCCCGGCGCUCAGUUGCUCUCGAGGCUCUUCUCCAAGCGCCUGACAGCAUGGCAAACCGUCGUGAUAACGAUGAUCUACUUAUACGCCGCCCGAAACUUCAGCACCCUAGUCGGACUCGCGAGCCCAGAGCCCUUGGCCAAUAUGUACGACGCAACAUACUACCGAGCUACAUGGGUCCUGACUGCGCUGGACGCUGGCUUCUGGACGGCCAUGAAGAUCAAGACGAAAUGGUUGCGCGAUAUGGCGAGCAUCGUCUUCUCACUCUUCUACCUCGUGGCUGCUGAAAAGGCAGACGAAAAAGUCCGAAAGGUCCGGGGUAUGAUUACCGUUGAACAUCUGCGAGUGUCCUGGAAUAAGGGCACCUCACCGUAUUUGAGUUUCUUUCAAGGACUCAUGCGACCUCGUUUCAUGCGUUGGCCUCCAAGGCAGAUCCGAAUUCCACGGCCCGCCGAUAGCGACUACAAAGAGCCUGUACUUGCGUGGCUGUACUACGAUGGCCCUUUGUCAGAUCUUCACCGUCACGAUAGACUGAUUCUCGAUAUCCCGGGUGGUGGCUUCGUUGCCAUGGAUCCUCGCUGUAACGAUGACAAGCUGUUCUCAUGGGCUGCCAAGUCAGCGUUGCCAAUUCUGAGUCUCGACUAUAAGAAGGCACCAGAGUUCCCGUAUCCAUAUGCACUGAAUGAAUGCUUCGAUGUUUACAGAACUAUUGUAAACACCAAAGGUCGAUGCAUAGGUCUGCCAGGCACCGAAGUCCCUCGAAUCAUCGUCACUGGUGAUAGUGCUGGAGGAAACCUGGCGGUUGCUUCAACAUUGAUGAUCAUGGAGACAAGACAUUCCGCGUUCCGCAGACCAGGCCAAACAGAACUGCCAGCUCCUGAUGGACUUGUGUGCUUCUAUCCAGCUUUGGACAUGAACAUCGGCAACUGGAUGACAGAUGAGCAGAUGUCAUUGAUCAAAGACCGAAAGGCGAGGAAAACGAAUAGAAGAAUUAUGCGACGCAAGAGCAUGCAGUAUAACGAGCUCGUGGGAACUCCCCAUCACUCUGACGAUGAAGAAGAUGGAUCACCGCCACCGCAUACCAAGUUGAGCGCUUUGACGACGAAGGAGGCUUUGAUUGCGGCAUCUCAAGGACCUAGAAGUCCACACCCUGAGUUCUCUCAUGUUGGUCCUCGAUCAUUGAGCUUCCCGAAAGAUGUCUCUGAGACCGACGAAAAAAAGUCAUCUCAUCAUCCUGAACCGAUGAAGACGCGACUGGCUACUUCGUCGAUGAUCUCUUACUUCAACGACCGAGUCCUCACCCCUGAAAUGAUGAGAGCCAUGAUUAUCUUGUACAUCGGCGCUCAUAACCGACCUGAUUUCAGCCAGGACUAUCUUCUUAGUCCCGUGCUGGCUCCAGAAGCACUGCUCGUCGACUUUCCCAAGACAUACUUUAUGACUGGAGAGCGAGAUCCUCUGGUCGAUGAUACGGUCAUCUUUGCAGGACGACUUCGCCGUGCCAAAGAGGCUGCAUUUGUUCAGGAACAGACGGAAAGACACCAGAAUGCCGAGUUCAAUGACAGAGACGCAGCCGAGGUGAUGUUGAUUCCUGGAACAUCUCAUGGCUUCAUGCAGUUCCCAACUGUGUAUCCUCCUGCCUGGCGACACUUUGAGAGAUGCAUCGAUUGGUUCGACCAACUCUUCGACCACGCAGAAGUCAUGCGCGUUCGCAAAGACAGACAAGCCCGAGCCGCCAGGUCCCAGACCAACGGCUUCGGAAUCAACGGCGACGGUCGUCACCACAUGCGCACUGAAUCCAGCGAAGAAGACCGACCCCUCGAGAUCAGCAUGACAAAGAUGAAUCAGCGACGCAGCUCCAACCAGACAACACCCCAGCAGAGCCCCGACCUCAACGGCGGCAGCGAAAGCGGCGACACAACGCCACGAGCGCACACCAACGGAACGCCUUUAUCAAACGGCGAUAAGAACGCCAAGAGACGCAAGAGUGCGGGUCUGAGCAAGAGCAAGAAUAGAAACAAGAGCCUUGUCAAGCUCAAGAGUUCUGAUGAUCUGCUGGGGAGACGUAUGCAGGGACUUGCGAGCGGGUUGACGGGGAUGGGCGAUGACGACUAG